CGCCUUUCGAAUUACACUUGUAUCACGCCGAACCUUGCUUCCUGCAACCACGACGAACGAACAACCGGACGACUAAUUCAAUCGAGAUUGCGAGGGACAGUGCCCAAACCAUGGCAUCCUUCUUCCAAGACUCCCUAAACAAGGCGAAACUGAGUUUCGUGCGAGCGGAUCCGGGCGACGACGUGGAAGAGCAACAACCCGAUCGGCUGGAGGAACUCGCCGAAUACUGUCCGACGCUUACCUUUCAACAACGCUUGAUUGGAUUUGCCGUCUGUUUCGGAAUGGGAUACGUGAUGAGUUUCUUUUCAUUUCGCUUCUUCAUCAAACUGAUUGAGGGUCAUCCCCUACCAUUUGCUUUUAAUUACACUGCCGGACAAAUCAUGCAGCUCCUAGCUAGUGUGUUCCUUUGCGGUCCGAAGCGACAAUUCAAAAGCAUGUUUGACGAGAAACGAAGGGAAACCUCUAUUACGUAUUUAUCUUGCCUGGGAGCAACCAUGGUUGUUAUUUUUGUUCCGAUGCCAGCAUUGCCAAAGCUGAUCUUGCUACUCCUCCUGACCGUCACGCAGUUUUGUGCGUCGUUGUGGUACACGUUGAGCUACAUUCCCUACGGACGAAAAACGGCCUUACGGAUGAUCAAAAACGCACUAGGAAUCGACGAAAGCUCCUAUGCCGGAAUCCUGGGCUCGACAACGACGUAGAUGCGGGUUCCAUUUUAUGUUGUAAGUUGGAUGUGGAAGUUCCGUGCAAGCACUGUUGCAUUACAUUAGUUGACAGUCAUUCGUUCCAUAGAGUAUUUCGUUGGAAUCGUCUGGUCACCCUUGCGCUCAAAGCGACAAAACUGUUCCAAAGAGAAAUCCGUUCAGCCGACGGUUUACUAACCGAAACCCGGAGGUCCGUUAAUUGAUUGGCAAAUUUUUCUUUUACGGUAAAACGGGACAUUGUAUUUAUGGUUUCGUCAGGUUCCUUUUAUUCAAAUCGUUCCUGGCGCCUCUAGUAGUGCGCCACAUUUACAGUUCAUAGGACACCUGCGAUCGACCAUGGCGGAC